AAUAAUAAUAAUAAUAAUAGUAGUAGUACUUAAGUUGGACCUCCGGCGAACGAAAGAGACGAUCCAAGCAAGAAAGAAACCAUAAUGGCAGUCCAAUCAGCGGCCGAAGAUGGAAACAUUCAGAGACCAGAGACUUCGAAUCACAAACUUCGCAAAGAUCCAAAAGUAGUAACCUUCGCUUUCGCUUUGCUCUUCAUCGAUGCUCUCCUCGUCGCUCUCAUCAUCCACUUCGUUCCUUAUACAAAGAUCGAUUGGGACGCUUACAUGUCACAGGUUACUGGGUUUCUUGAAGGAGAGAGAGAUUACUCGAACUUGAAAGGCGACACAGGGCCACUCGUCUACCCUGCUGGAUUCUUGUAUAUAUAUUCUGCCAUACAGUAUGUUACAGGAGGACAGGUCUACCCUGCUCAGGUUCUUUUUGGUGUUCUUUACAUUGUAAAUCUCGGAAGCAUCUUAUUCAUCUAUGUAAAGGUGGAUAUGCUUCCAUGGUGGGCUCUUUCCUUGCUUUGUCUGUCAAAAAGAGUGCAUUCUAUCUUUGUACUUCGUCUUUUUAAUGACUGUUUUGCCAUGACCCUUCUCCAUGCUGCUCUGGCAUUAUUUAUUUACCAAAAAUGGCAUCUGGGUUUGAUUAUUUUCAGUGGAGCCGUUUCAGUUAAGAUGAAUGUGCUCCUUUAUGCCCCACCUCUACUACUUCUUAUGUUCAAGGCAAUGGAUAUCGCUGGGGUGAUUUCUGCUUUAACAGGUGCAGCAUUAGUACAGAUUCUGCUUGGGCUGCCUUUUAUGUUAACACAUCCAGUUGCAUAUAUAUCAGGAGCCUUCAAUCUUGGACGCGUCUUCAUCCACUUUUGGUCUGUUAACUUCAAAUUUGUUCCUGAACCAGUUUUUGUAUCAAGGGAAUUUGCGCUCUCUUUGCUGAUCACUCAUCUGAUCCUACUGACAGCUUUUGCUCAUUAUAGAUGGUGCAAGUAUGAAGGUGGACUUCUCAAUUUCUUGCAUUCUAGAUUAGUCCAAAAGAAACUCAGUGUCGCAAAUUUCUUCUCUCUUGAGCAAUUUGUUUGUAGCUCACCCUUCAAGAUUUUAAAGAAACAGCAUAUUUUAACUACUAUGUUUGUUGGGAACUUCAUUGGCAUUGUAUGCGCACGGUCACUGCAUUAUCAAUUUUAUUCGUGGUAUUUCUAUAGCUUGCCAUAUCUUCUGUGGAGAACCCCUUUUCCUACAUUGCUGCGUUUGGUUUUGUUUGUAGGGGUGGAGUUUUGUUGGAAUGUCUAUCCCUCGAAUGCCUAUUCAUCUGUCCUGCUCUUUUGUAUCCACUUUCUUAUAUUGUAUGGUCUCUGGAUUGCCCCAGCUGAAGAUCCCUACGUCAAUGACAAAUCAGUAACCAAAAACAAGGACAAAUGAAUAUUGUCAUUCAGUAUUUAAUUUUUUCCUUUACCAAUCAAAGAAUUUAAAACACAAUUCCUUUUUGAAUUUGUAAUUUGUUGGUUGACAGUUGAGCCCUCGUAGGCCCGGACAAAUUUUUUUUUUCUUUGUACAUGUAUCAGGUUGGAUUUGGAAAGGAGAAGAGGUGUUAUUGACUGAAAAUUAUGAAAUUAUUCUAAUUAUCAAGGGUUCGUGCUGCAUUUGAGAUAA